CACCCAUAAUAGUCCUCAAAAGAAAGAAAGAAAAACACUUUCACUUUCAUAUGGAUCGCAUCUGCGGGCAAUGGCUGAUCAAGGAAUACCAACUCCCAGUAUAAUAGGCCUAGUCACUAUAUUCGGUUGCAUUUAUGGCGGAGAAUUCGUUAAUGCAGCUGGACCUUCCACCACCCGUUAUGUUAUCACAAACAGCAAUGUCAUUAUCAAUCCUGGGAUCCGUGGUGGAGUUUUACAGGAGAUCCUCUGGAAACAUGGUGAAAAUAAGGCGGUGGAAUGGGCCACUGCUGUGAUAACGACAUUUCGGGAAUUUAAAGGGAAGACAUCCUUGAACACCACCACUGGAGAAAUCACAAUCAGACAGCUGACCAAGCAGCUCAGUGGGGUGUAUGAGGCAGAGUGUCUUAUUAGUGGGAAAAUACAGACAUUUCAGCAGAGAGUGGAAGUGAUUGACCCAGUAUCACAACCUGAAGUCACCUGUGAAUUGAACGGUACCAUGGCAACACUUCACUGCAGGGCUGAGGGUCCGCUGGUGGAGUACCGCUGGUCUUGGCCUGACCACCAGGGGGAGAUGUGGAGCCAGGAGCAGACUGGACAGCACUACAACAUAAAAUCCCCAGAGUCAGACAGCUACAGCUGUGAGGCCAGGAACCCAGUCAGUGAGAAGACACAGACCUACAACAGCAAUGACUGCCUUGCCACAGGUAAUCCCUACAUCUACAUUGGUAUUGGUGCAGGUGUCUUGUUGUUGGUUUCUGUUGUGGUUGUUGUUGUGGUCUGGCUCAUCAAGAAGCAUUCCAAAGCUGAUACCUUCCAAUCCGGUCAUGACAUCCCCGGUCGUCUAGAUUUGCAGAGCACAGGGAAUGGCAGCCAUCUUGAAGAGGAUCGAGAGAAGGUGGUGGCAAUCAGCCAAGCAGAGAUUGUGGAAGAGGAGAAUAAACUACUACAAGAUGAAGAACUCACAAGUGUAAAGGAUAGGGUCAAUCGGAUCAACCAGACCUCUGGAGAGGGUAAAGGAGAAAAGAAGCCAUUACUGGACAAGGCAGGAUCCACUGAUACAGAUGUUAUUGAGAGUAAUAGCCCUUUCAAACUGAACAACCAGAAUCAGGUUCUGGGUUGGGAGUCCGGAAAGAGACAGAGGGAAGAAAAAGAGCAGAGUGCAGAAUCCAAGCAGAACAUGAACGUUACCUUGGGGACUGUUACGGAGGGUUCUGGCCCAACUGCUCCUUCGAAGCCACCUCGGAGCAGCCUUAACUUUAAUUCACCAUACCCACAGACUCUGGAGACACAGCACAGCAGAGAGCAUCAUGGGGGAGGACCUGACCAAAGCAUGGGUGGUUAUGGCACAGAGAGAGAGGGAGCGGGAGACGGAGAGGGAGAUGGACAACUUAUGUCCCAGAAAGUCCUUGUCUUAGACACAAGGGAGGAGAGCGGAGGAAAGGAGGCGGGGACAAGAGAGGACAGAGAAGAUGAGGAGAAAGAGGAGGUAGUAGGAGAUGAUUUAGUGACAGGGGAGGGAGAGGGAUGGGUGGAGAACAAGGAAGAGUAG